GGAAAGAAGAAACACACUUCCUUGAAAGCCUGUUAGGUGCUGCUGGCAAGAGGAGGGAGUAAACCUGUGUCCUUGGCCUCACUGCACAGCUUCUCCGUGCCUCUGCCAUGGCAGCCAUUCUCCUAAAGACCAGAGCCAAGGUGCCAGUAUCUUUUGAGGACGUGUCUGUGAACUUCAGCAAGUCCGAAUGGAAGCUUCUGGAUCUCAAUCAAAGGAUCCUCUACAAGCAAGUGAUGCUGGAGAACUACCGCCAUUUAGUGUCACUGGGAUUUUCAUCCUCCAAGCCCCACCUGAUCUCCCUGCUGGAGAAAGGGAAGUGGCCCUGGGUAGCAGAUAGCCGGACAAGGGCUGCCGUAGGAACACAGGCAGAUAAAAGGAUCAAGAGCAAGACAUUGAGUUUCAAGCAGAAACAUUGUCCAAAAGAAUGCACAGGUGGCAGCAAGGGCCAGGGAGCCGGGCUGCUGGAGGAGACACCUGAGCAGACACAGAAACAUGUUUAUUCUGUUUAUUCUCCCGAGACAGGUUCCAGCAGGGAUGACCAUCACAGGGAGAAAGGCCACGGCAGCUCCUCUGGAGAGAGAAGAGAGCCAGUGCAGAAAAAGAACCACAGCGUCAGGCAGGAUUCAGUGCCAAGGCCACAGAGUUCCAAAGGCACAGAGAAGCGCUUCCUGUGUCAACAGUGUGGGAAAUCCUUCAGCCGGAGCUCCAACCUCAUCAAACACCGCAUCAUCCAUAGCGGGGAGAAGCCCUACGAGUGCUCCGAGUGCGGGAAACUCUUCCGGCGCAGCUUCGCCCUCCUGGAGCACCAGCGCAUACACAGUGGCGAGAAGCCCUUUGAGUGCAACGAGUGCGGGAAGACCUUUACGCGCAGCUCCAACCUCAUCAAGCACCAAAUUAUCCACAGCGGGGAGAAGCCCUUCAAGUGCUCGGAGUGCGGGAAACUCUUCCGGCGCAACUUCGCCCUCCUGGAGCAUGAACGCAUCCACAGUGGCGAGAGGCCCUACGAGUGCAAUGAGUGCGGAAAGUCCUUCAGCAGGAGCUCUAACCUCAUUGAGCACCAGCGGACCCACAGUGGCGAGAAGCCCUACAAGUGCAGCAAGUGUCCAAAAGCUUUCAAGGGCAUCUCCCAGCUCAUUCACCACCAGCGCAUCCACAGCAGGGACAAGUCAUUCCAGUGCAAGGAGUGUGGGAAGGCCUUCCGGGGUCGCUCGGGCCUCAGUCAGCAUCGCCGGGUGCACAGUGGCGAGAAGCCCUACGAAUGCAGCGACUGUGGGAAGACCUUCGGCCGACGAUCCAACCUCUUCAAGCACCAGGUGGUUCACAGGGAGGAGAGGCCCCACCAGUGUCAGGACUGCAAGAAGGUGUUCCGGGGCAGCUUAGACCUCCUGGAGCACCGGCAGGCGCACGCAUGCCGGAAGGCCCCCAGCAAGAGUGAUGAGAAGCCUUGCACAUGUGGUGAGUGUGGCAAAUGUGACAAGGCCUUUAAGGGAAAAUUGCAGAAAACUCGCCAUGGAAAGAAGACUUUGGAGGACAGUGACGAUGAAAAAAAGCCAGCCUCCUUGGCCCUCAAAAGCCCCCCUGAGGAUGAGAAACAGGAGACAGACUCUGAAUGCAAAGCUGCCCACAUGACAGGGUUGUCUCCGGAGAGCUUAGCGUCCUGCUCCCCUCCAUCCUGUCGUUGAUGCAGCUUGAGCCCUGGGCUGAUGACAGGGUGCCGUGUGUGAGCACAGGAGUGUGUGUGUGUGUGUGUGUGUGUGUGUGUGUGUGUGUGUGGAGUGGAUGUGAGCUCAUGCACACCUAUCGGGAUUGUGUGCUGUAGGAAGACACCUGUGUAUGGGGCCACCCCAGGGCACAGGAACCUUGAGUUCAGUAAAGAUGGUCUAUUUUCUCUCAUCGGGUCAUUCACUGGACCCCAAGACUUGUUAGUGUUUCCAGGUCGAAAACACAAAAAGCACUUUAAUCCUUGAAGAGCUUAUAUAUGGGAGGGACUUGAGGACGUUAAAACUCUUGAGCUCUGUAAGUAGGCUGUGGCUUGAUUGUGACAUCCCCCGGAAUUCAUUAAGAAAUGGUCUGAAAAUGGACACAGGCAGAUGCUCUUACACACUGCCCGUGCCUGCAUUGGCAGCCUCGGCUCCGUGGGAAGGCACUGGACACCCUGCUACGGUGCUGACCUGUCCUUUUUCCAGGCCAUUUGUCUUGGUGCCUGAAGACUGCAGCUUUCAACGGCUGUUUCCAGCUGCCUGGCCCCAUUUUCUGAGAGCUCAGAGCUUGGGGGGAGGGGGAACUCUGGGGAAUGGAGGGCCAGGGCCCCAUGGAGAGGAUAUGGGGCCCAGGGACUCAGCUUCUCCUCCCCCAGAGAGUAGCCUUUUUGCACUGGUCCCUCGAAGCAGAAGGCUCCAGGCAAGACAUGGCAGUAUGGCAAUAUUUGCCACCAGCUGCCCUGCUACCUUUGGUCUCCUCCCUGCCCAAUCAGGCCCUCAAGUUUGCCCCCUUUGCUGCUUUUCUGUUCGCCCCCACCCGCCCCCCCCGCCAGAGCCUGCCAGCAAAGGCCACCCUGGCUUCUCUGUCCCUCCUCCCCACCCUCAGUGCCUAAAGCUGCCCCCACUCCCCGCACCCAAUCAGCACCCCUGUGGUUUGCACGCAUCAGGAGGAAAGCCAGACGGGUUAGGAAUUUGCACAGAGGGUACCCAGCCGUGGUUCUCUCGUCAGAUCUGUCUUCAUAGGACAUUUCUGAAAAUAUUGGCGGCUCGGUUGCUUUGAAUGUUUUUGCGUUCAGGACAAUGUAAGGUGAAGUUGGAGAUUUCUGCCAUAUGAGAGUGUCAGGGACUCGCCCCUGAAAUAAGAAUCCCACCCCAUCUCCAGCCCUCUGAGAAGUACUCAGGCAGGAGAAAGUGUUCCCUCCCCCCCCCCCCCCCCCCCCCCGCCCCCAGCCCUGGCACAUGGUAGCAAGCCUGGCUACUCUUUUCCCUCCUCCCCCUCAGCCCCGUGGAAACAGGGCAGACCCUGCAAAUGGCACUUUAUUGCAGGCCAGGCGAGGAUCUCAAGCUCGCGCUGGCCAGGGGGUCAGCUGCUGGCUGGCUCUGUCCUGUGCCACCUAUGCUGUCCCCAGAGCUGGGCCCAGGAGUUAUGGCCCUUGGUGCUCUCAGCUCAGCAUCCUGAUUCGCUUGCCACCUCCUUGCAGCCCCCUUCACUCCCAGGGGCUCGGGUGGGUCAUACAGAGCGCCUGGGGGCAGGCAGGUGGUGGAUAUGCCAGAAUACCCCUCUGGGCCUCCAAGGAGCAUGCGCUUUCCCUGCAAGACAGGGGAGGGCCAAAGACCCAUCAGGAGAGUGUGGGAGGACCUGGAAGUCCAGGAUUCCUUCUGAACGUGCUGUUUAGGACUGCAAUUGCUAGGACGACUCCAGGAGUGAGAAAUAUAGGUAUAGGUGUAUAUGUAGGUGUAGAUGUAGAUGUAGAUGUUUUAUAGAGAUUUAUUUAAAAGAUUUUACACAUCUUUGACUUAUGAAAAGUGCUUGUAACUUGCUCUUAUCUCAUAACCUCCUCCUGCUCUGCGCAUCACAUUCAUCUUUGUGCCCCAGCGCUGGGCGUGGCACUUAGUAAAUAUUAGGUCCGCCAAAGGAUUUUGAAUUUAUUCGAUCAUCCGCACACCAGGUGGCUGAGCCUGGGUGGCUCCAGCACCCAGUGACUGUAGUCAGCAGCUUUCAAAGGACUUUUGGUGGGCUUUUUCCUGGGAGGAGGCUUCUGUAUGCAUUCCCUGAGGGGAGAAAAUGGAAUGUGGAGACAGCAAGUGAAAUGUGGUCUCAGAAAAGGGAAUGUCCAUAGUGAAAUGACCUGGAAAUCCAGCUCCUGGGGGGAGGAGUAGCAAUUCAAUUGCUUGAUCAAACCUAACAGUAAAUGCUUGUGAAAUGAAUGUCGGCCCCCUUAGCACAUUGAACUCAGGUUCUAGACCACAGUCAGCCCCAGCAUAGCCUGGAGGUGGUUGAAAGUUUCUGCAACUUUUGGGUUUUCCUG